AUGGAGUCUAAGGAGAUUAGAUCCUCUGUUUUUGCCAAAACGCUGCGUUUCAAUGGGAUGUCUCAACCUCUGCAUCACUUAAAGUCAAGAACCUUUGAGAGGCACAAAACAAAGUCGGAUUCUGGUUUUAAGGUGAUUCCAACGAAGGAGCUUUGUCAUGUUUAUCUACACAAAACAGAGUUGCUAGCGUCCAAGGGUAUCAUUGAUGCACAAGCUAAGCCUCCUCACUUUCAGAAACAUCGUGAGACGGCAAAGAAGAGGACAUUUGGUAGGAGAUUUGAUCAACAAAACUUGAACUUGAAGUCAAAGUUGAGACAUUACACAAAAGUUGAGAAGAAAGAGAGUUCUCCAAGACGUUUCUCUCCUCUAGGUUUUGGUAGUGACUCUCAGUUGCGAGAUAGGGGGAAGAAAGGGCAAUACAUUAUCACCCCUGAGAAGAAGAUUAUUGUAUUUUACUAUUACAGAACAUUAAGACAAGACUAG